GGUCCCAAUUUAGAUCAUCAGAGACAAUUCUUCAAAGUUUAGCAUCAGAUUCAGCAAUCAAUACUGUAUUCUCGCAUUCUUAGAAAUAAUAUGUCGCUAAUUCCAAGCUUCUUCGGCAACCAACGCAGCAGUAUUUUUUAUCCCUUCUCUCUGGACGUUUGGGAUCCAUUCAAGGACUUCUCUUCACUGUCCACUCGUUUCCCGCAAGAAACUUCUGCUUUUGUCAACACCCAGAUAGACUGGAGGGAAACCCCGGAGGCUCACGUGUUCAAGGCCGAUCUUCCAGGGCUCCAGAAAGAGGAAGUGAAGGUGGAGGUCGAAGAUAGCAGUGUGCUUCAAAUUAGCGGAGAGAGGAAUGUAGAGAAGGAAGACAAGAAUGACACCUGGCAUCGUGUGGAACGUAGUAGUGGCAAAUUCUCCAGGAGGUUUAAGCUGCCGGAGAAGGUCAAAUUAGACCAGAUUAAGGCUUCUAUGGAGAAUGGGGUUCUAACUGUGACUGUUCCUAAAGUUGAGGUGAAGAAACCAGACGUUAAGGCCAUUGAAAUCUCUGGUUGAAACACUGAAUAGUGUUGUGUUUGAGAAGAAUGCAAUUGAUUGUCUUGUCUUGUCUACAUAAAUUGUGUGCUUGUAAUGAAUUUCGCUUAUAAAUAAAAAUGUAAUAUCUUUGUUCUGAAUUUAUAAA